GAACGGAUCUCCGAAUCUUCGCAAGACAAGGUGAGUCAGCCUCGCAUUCGUCCUCGUCAGUUGUGACCUAAUGUUACACAUAUAAGUAGCAUCGACCUCGCUUCCGUUCCCCUAUACAGCCAUUGACCAUUUCUUGAGAUUACUCAGGGUCUUGGUGAAGGAUGAGUCACUCAGAGGAGAAUAAAGAAGCUUCAGCUCCAGAAAACCGACCAGUUCCUCGUUUGAACGAAAGGAUUCUUUCAUCUUUGUCAAGGAGAUCGGUUGCCGCCCACCCCUGGCACGAUCUUGAAAUUGGACCUGGAGCCCCCAUUAUUUUCAAUUGUGUUGUGGAGAUCACCAAGGGAAGCAAGGUGAAAUAUGAACUUGACAAGAAGACUGGAUUGAUUAAGGUUGACCGGGUCUUGUAUUCAUCUGUCGUUUAUCCUCAUAACUAUGGCUUUAUUCCUCGUACACUGUGUGAAGACAACGAUCCACUUGAUGUCCUGAUUAUAAUGCAGGAGCCAGUUCUUCCCGGUUGUUUCCUGCGAGCCAAGGCCAUUGGGUUGAUGCCCAUGAUUGACCAGGGAGAGAAGGAUGAUAAGAUAAUUGCAGUAUGUGCCGAUGAUCCAGAGUACAAGCACUACAAUGACAUCAAAGAACUUCCACCUCAUCGUCUCUCUGAGAUUCGACGCUUCUUUGAAGACUACAAGAAGAAUGAGAACAAGGAGGUAGCUGUUAAUGAGUUCUUGCCCUCAACCACUGCUGUUGAAGCGAUCCAGUAUUCAAUGGAUCUUUACGCGGAGUAUAUUCUGCACACCUUGAGGAGAUAGUCAAGGAUGGUGCCUGCCAUAAAUCAAUCAUAACAUGCUGCACUUUAAUAAACGGGUUUUUGAUUGUUUUAAUGGAACUCUAUUUUGUAUGUUAUUAUCUAUUGGAUCAUUAAAGUUGUUUAGUUCAUUCUGAGAGUACCUUGAACUUUUCUUAGUACGAAAUGCUUCAUGUAGAAUUCCUUCUGUGAAAUGUUCUCCAAAUUUUUUGGUCCGCUUUUGCCCUUGGAAACUUGAUAUCUGCAAGACACUUCAUAUAUCUGAUGUGUUGGGUUCACGUGUUCAA